CUAGUGUUUUACAUGAUUUUGGUAUCUUGGGGGUGACGUAGCUUAUGGAAAAAUUCUGGCUAAUGUCUGUGCGGUUCAUCAACUCAUGAAUAUGAAUGAGACACACAGGACAUAAGACCAGCCUCCAAGCAACACUGUCAUAGCAUUGUGAACAGAGCGGCGUUGAGUAAAACUUCUGUAAGGCUUGAAGUCUUGAUCGGUUUUCGAAUUUGCUCUUUUUGUUUCGUUUGUACUGUACAUUUUCAAAAAUGGCGUUGAGAGGACCACUGUUCCGUCUUCUCAGAACACAACUCACCAACAACUGUCAGAGCCGGGCACAAUCGGUGGCCGUUGUCGGUGCCCCCUUUUCUAAAGGACAGAAAAGACGAGGAGUGGAGCAUGGUCCAAAAGCCAUCAGAGAUGCGGGUCUGAUCGAGAGGCUUUCAAAUUUAGAUUACCCUGUUCAUGACUUUGGGGACCUGAGUUUCCAGAACCUGGAGAAUGACGAGCCCUUCAUGCACGUGCCUUUCCCCCGCACCGUGGGCAGAGCCAACAAACUGCUGUCGAGCGCUGUGAGCAGCGCAGUCGCCGGAGGUCACACGUGUGUCAUGCUAGGAGGCGACCACAGCCUGGCUAUUGGGUCCGUGGCGGGCCACGCCCAGCAACGUCCGGACCUUUGCCUGAUCUGGGUGGACGCCCACGCUGACGUCAACACACCCACUACCUCACCCUCUGGGAACCUCCACGGCCAGUCUGUGGCUUUCCUGCUCAAAGAACUGCAGGACAAGAUGCCGCAGCUCCCAGGGUUCUCUUGGAUGAAGCCAUUCCUGGCAGCCAGAGAUCUGGUCUACAUUGGUCUGCGAGAUGUUGAUCCCGGCGAGCACCUCAUCCUCAAGAACCUGGGCAUCCAGUACUUCACCAUGAAAGACAUCGACAGGAUUGGCAUCCAGAGGGUCAUGGAGGAGACUCUGGACCACCUUUUGACGAGGAAACAGCGGCCGAUCCACCUGAGCUUUGACAUCGACGCGUUCGACCCCUCCCUGGCCCCCGCCACUGGGACACCUGUGAACGGAGGGCUGACCUACAGAGAAGGCCUCUACAUCACAGAGGAAAUCCAUAACACAGGGUUGUUGUCUGUGAUGGACCUGGUGGAGGUGAACCCUGUCCUGGCUGCCAGCCGUGAGCAGGUGGAGGCAACGGCCGGGCUGGCGGUGGACGUAAUCGCGUCGUCUCUGGGGCAGACAAGAGAGGGAGCUCCCCUCCCCUUCCGGGAGAUUCGAUCAGGGAAGGAGGACACGGAGCAGUUGCGCCUCUGAAACCGCUGAUUCACCAAGGACUUCUUUCUUCUUUUUUUUAUUGAAUCGACCACUGGCCAUUCCUGAAUAUUUAAAGACUGCACAGACAGAAUGGAACUGUAGUUUGGAUUGAUAUUUCCUCUGUUGAUGUACUGUAGAGUUCUCGUGUUCAGAUGACACGCCACCGUUGUGACUCUUCUGACAGAGAAACUGUGAGGAGCUUCGUUAGGAUGAAGUGAACAGACUUCAUCUUAUCUGUAGUCCUGGCUGCCAUAAAAAGCUUGUAUCUUUGUCAUUGAAAUGCUAUGAUAUUGCUAAUAUUUUUAAUAUACUGUAAUCAACUAAAUUAUGUUGUUUCCCAUACUGUAGCUCUACGUUUAAAAGGUGUACCUGUAUGUUCACUGCAUUACCCUAUUAGUGUUCUAUAGUAUUUAAAUAAGUUUCAUUAAUAGACAAUGUUAGUCAUUGAGCCUGUACUUAAUUUGUAACUACGUUGUGGAACAGGCUAUAAAUAUAGACAUUUUAAAUGUGAUAUAUAUACACACACAUAUUCUACCUAGUACUCUACCCUGCCAAGAGUGGUGGCACUUGACACCACUAACUUGUGUGUAAUAACAGGCCUGCAUAUUAAGUACAUGCCCAUGACUCUGGGAAUAUAAUAACUUUGUAAUAACGACACUGGUGUCAAGUGUGGCUGUGUGUGUCAGUUGAGAUGUUGUUUCUGUACUAGCAUGUCCCUCAGUAGACAGAGACCCAGCUCCACAUGUCUGAGACAGGGCAACUCCAGGUAGAGGCACUCACUCACACUUGGACCUGCAUGGUUUCACAUAUUUAGCUUAGAAUUAGGUUUUGUAUUGUUGUUAGUAAUUUAUAAUAUGUUUUCAUUUAGCAGAAUUUUUUUUAUCCAAAGCGACAUUCAGGGAGGAUUUGGACCUGCAACCUUUUGAUCACCAUUCUGCAAUUUAUGUAAUAUAUAAAUGUGUGGUUUUAUAUUAGUCCGAUUGAAUUGGCUAGAAAACGUUUUAGUUUUUUUGGGGGAAAUUGACAAGUGCAAUUAGUGUAUUUGAAAUACUGACAGAAUUACUUAUUUCCCAAUUGAAUUGUAUUUUGUGUUGAUACAUUGUGACACCUUUGUGACCACUGAAUGACUCAGAAAUAAUAAAUACUAUUUUAGUGAUACACAA